AUGCACACACGCACAUUCAUGAGAGCAGAUCUCGAUUGCUCUUACGGUUUCAUACAUCGUCUGCUGGCUGCCAUAUACCCUGGUUUGUAUUUUGUCUAUGCUGGAUCUGAUGCCAGAAGACCUUCCAGGUUUGUCUGCUGCACCUGCCGCUUUUGCCAAGACGUCCACUGUGAUAAAUCCCGUCUUGUACUCACUAUUCCACGCCCGUGUGCGAUCCUCUGUGACUGCCUUCUUCAGACGGGGGUGGUUUCAAUGGUGCCGGCUAAUUCCGUCGAAUCCAGAAAUUCUACCAUCUGGACAGGAGACACGACUGGUUGUCACAGGUCCGUCUUCUUUGGAGGCAAUAUUGCAAGAUUUAAGUAG